GCGAAUAGCGUUUACGGUUAGGUUUUAAUUUAAUGGUUUGUGCAAAAACAGACCAUUUUUAAUUUCUUUCACUUGUUUUUGUUACAUUGUUGAAAAAAAAGACUAGCCAUGUCACAAAAGUUUAGAUAUAAAAAUUAUUUAUUAUGGUUCGCUCAGGAACACGUGGAUUUCAGAGUCGCUGAAAUGGACUCUAUAUUUGGCAUGUUCAAUAUAAAAUGUAAUUCAAUAGUAAAAAAUAAAAUUCACCCAUUUUGGGUUGUUCAACUAGAUUCAGAAGAUGAUGCGCGAAAAAUUGCAAGCCGAUCUAUUUUAUUGAGAUACAUUAUAGAAUUAUGGGCAUUUUCAACUGACUUGUCUUGUCUGAACUUACAAUUGCAGACGCAAGAAGUGGAAUUAGUAUCGACUCAUAUGUCAUCUACUUUUAAAAUUAUUGUUGAGACAUUUGGCAAACAUUUUACACAAAAAGAGAAAAUAGAUAAAAUAGAGAAUUUUAAAUAUCUACCUUAUAAAGGGACAGUAAGCUUAAAAGAUCCUGACAAAAUUUUGUAUUAUAUAGAGUAUUAUGGUCUUGAUGCCAACAAUGUACCAGAAAAGCCUGAAAAUGUGUUUUUUGGUAGAUGGAUUACUGACGGACAAAGAAAUUUGAUGAAGGAACUUUCUUUGAAGCAAAGAAAAUUCAUUGGCAAUACAUCAAUGGAUCCACAGUUGUCUGUAAUUAUGGUUAAUCAAACAAAAGCUAAAGAAGGUGACAUUAUAUUAGAUCCAUUUGUAGGUACUGGAUCUGUCUUGAUCAGUGCAGCUAAAUUUGGUGCAUAUACACUUGGUGCUGAUAUUGAUUACCAAACGUUGCAUGCUCGAACAAGACCAAGUAGAAUUACUCAAAAAGUUCGAGAAAAAGAUGAAAGCGUAGCUGCCAAUAUGAAACAAUAUGGAAUUCAAGAUCGUUACUUAGAUGUAAUAGUUUCAGAUUUUACAAAAUCUGCGUGGAGACCUUGUUUUCAAAUAGAUGCAAUAGUCACAGAUCCUCCUUAUGGGAUCCGUGAAUCUGUAGAAAAAAUUGGAACCACCAAAGAUAGUGUUUCCAUUAGCGAAGAACAAGCAGACAGUCACAUACCAUCUAAAGUUGACUAUGCAUUACCACAUCUGUUUAAAGACUUAUUGAAUUUUGCUGCUGAACAUUUAAAAAUGGAUGGAAGAGUUGUGUUUUGGUUCCCUAUUUUCAGAAAAACGUUUACUUCUGAGCAAUUACCUGUUCACCCGUGCCUUGAACUAGUAGCUAAUUCAGAACAAGUCCUCAGUAGUCAUAGUAGUAGGUUGUUAUUAACUUAUGAAAAAACCAAAGAAGUCGAGUCCGACGAUCCGCCUUGCGUGAUUGGCGAGGACAAUUUUCGUGAUCUGUUUUUCAACGAGCGCGAAGAAAAGCGCAAAGUGCGACGAGCUCGCAAGUGCGAGGAAAGAGCGAGAAUGAAGAGGGAAUGGGAGAAGAGGGUGAUGGCGAGUGUCAGCAGCGAGGACAGUGCUUCAUGA